AUGGAUCAACCGGUACCACGCGUUGAGCUAGCCUUUCGUCCAAAGGAAAGUUUCGCGGCACCUGGUAGCAAUAUUCGAAAACCGGAGGAUCAGGUAGACAUGACUGCCGAGGAUACGGAGUUGCAUGCGACCCAGCAUAAAGCUCAGGCCCCGAUAGGCGGCCGGAAACAUACCAGGCCAGCGGCCGGACCCCUGAAAAGCUCAUCAAAGCAAGAAGCGCCCGAGCAGAAAGAGCCCGUGGUACAUGAGUGGUCAGAUGUCCCCGGACCAUUGCACGAGGCUGUCAUCGCCUGCCUGAAAAGAGUAUGCCAUGAUCUGAAUACUCUCGCCAGAUCAGGAUACAAAGUCCGCGAAAUGACCCAAGAGGACGUGAAAGGAUACGCGAAGUGCAGGAACUGUGGAGAGCGCAAGAGAGUUCUAGAUACGAAGUCAAAGACAGCUUGUUUCUACCACCCAAUGAAACUCAAACACCAGAAGAAACAAUACAAGUAUCCAUGUUGUGGGAAGAGACACGGAUGCGCCUCACUGCCGGCGCAUGUUUACGCACCUGUUCCAGGUUUUAUCCUGGAGAAUUGGCAGAGCUAUCAAUUAACACCGAGUCCUAUGCCAGGGCUUCGUCCACCUCGGCGCGUGGUCGCGCUUGAUUGUGAGAUGGUCGAGGUUAAAGGAGGAGAUUCGGAAGUAGCACAGGUCUGUGCCGUCCAUACCUUGACCGGUGAAGUUAUUGUCGACAUAUACGUGGUCCCAUCCAAGACGGUCACAGACUGGCGGACUCCUUGGAGCGGGGUAUCGCAGAGACUUCUCGAGGAGAUGAAAGAGGCUGGAAAGACUGUCAACGGAUGGGAAGAAGCUCGCAAAGCGCUAUGGGCGCACAUCGAUGCGGACACCAUCCUCGUGGGCCAAUCGCUCCAACACGACCUUGACGUCAUGCGGAUGGUUCAUUUGAACAUCAUUGACACGGCUAUUCUCUCUCGGGAGGCAGUCGCGAAAAAUUGCAAGCAAAACUGGGGGUUGAAGCGACUAUGCAAGCAGAUGCUUGAUCGGGAUAUUCAGCAGUCACGGGGAGGGCACGAUUGCUUGGAGGAUACAAUGGCGACUAGGGAGGUGGUGCUCUGGUGUGUUCGGCAUCCCGGCAAAUUCCAGGAGUGGGCAGUGUCUCAGAGGGAAUGGAAAAAGAAGGCCGAUGCGCAUUGGAAAUUGAAGCGGAAAGAGUCGGACAAGGCUCAGGUCAAGCAGCCUCAAAAGAUUGUCUCUCAAGUACCCCCUGAAUAG